CUUUCGACUUAAUUAAGACACAAAAAAAUAAUUCGAGCCCAAACUGAAAAAAAAAUUGUCCGCCAUGUUGCAUCGAUGGCGCAAGUGCACUUCCGUUUUAUGUCCCACUGUUGUCAGUUUUCGUUGUGUCGAUGUGAUUUAAGUGUAAUAAAAGCCCCAAUAAUCAAAAAUAUGGUGUUAUUACCGCACUAAAACGUCCACACGUGCAAUAUCAAUAAAAACUGAAGAACGAUGGAGAACUCUGAAACGAGUUCGGAACUAUUGGAUAAUGUCGUGAUAAGUGAUGUACCGACCCCGCAAUAUGUGUUGCAAAGAAUGCCCGAAAAUUCGCAAUUGUUAGGGACGGAAUUGCUUCAGCACCAUAACGGCUUAGUUGUGGAUCUUGCCGGGACCGAUUUUAUACCAGUCAGUUACCCCUCGGAGGCUCUUUUGUCGCAGGAUUUAACAGAAGAGGACAGGAAUUUGGCGGCGGCGCUGGUGGCCGUGCAACUGAGCCAACACCAGAAACAGCAGCAGUUGCACGAAACGGGGCUUCCCUCGCUCGUACCAAAUGCGGGGCUAGAUAGUAAGAUUUUAGAAGAGCAACAAUUGAUUUUGAGUGAUAAGGAAGCGUCGAUUAGUAACGGUUAUCUGCAAAUAGUAGGCUCUGAUAAUAUCUACGUUGAGAAACAAGCCAAAAUCGUAAAUAACCGAUUUGUUAGUUUCGCCAACAAUUCUGAGAAAUCGGAAGAUGAGAAACGCGGCUCAGAUGGGGACCACCGCACGUCCCGCAAAAGUCUUCCCCACAAGAAACGAAUCUCUCGCAAACUAAAGAAACAAAACUCCACGAAAAUACAGUGCAAUCUGUGCGAACAGACGUUCACUUCAAACGAUGAUUUUGCUCAACACGAGAUUCUAUGCCAAACUACAAUCACACCGGUCCACAACACGGCCUUUUCUUGUCAAAUCUGUAACGCCAAUUUCCACGACCAGCUCCGUUUUUUUGAACACUUGAAGUCUCACUAUGAGCCGCAGUCAACUCCGAUCGAAAAAGCCGAAGUUGAUGCAGAAAAAGACAACAUUUUUUCCACUCUUCUCAACCUGACCUGUAUCCAGUGCAAUAAGACAUUCCGGCGGCAAAAAGCCUUCGAGACGCACAUGAAAGAGGUGCACCACAAAGACGAACUGAACGAAUUUAGCGAAACGGAAGAUCUGAUGGAAGGAAUCAACGUGGUGGUGGACCACGAAACCAACUCGGAUAACGACACGAAGGCUUGGUAUAGAGAGGAUGAGCUUCAUCAAACUGAAGAAGACCUUAAAGAGUUAGAAGCGGAAGAGCACGUUUGUCACAUUUGCAAGCAACCGUUUCCACUUAGAGCGAUUUUGUUGCAACAUUUAGUGACUUGUAGAGCUGAUACUGGAAAUACAGAACCCACAGCGCCAUCUCUCGUCAAACGAAAAAACAAAAAGAAAGGGAGUAUGCAUUGUCGUGAGUGCGACCGGGUUUUUACCCAUCGCAAUUCCUUGGUUUACCAUAUGAGGAGUCAUAGUGGUGUACGCCCCCAUCAGUGUGACCAAUGCGGGAAAAGCUUUUUCGCCUCGAGUGCACUUAAAGUGCACUUGCGCCUACAUUCAGGCGAUAAACCGUACCAUUGCCAGGAUUGUGGGAAAAAUUUCCGCCAAUGGGGCGACUUGAAAUAUCACAUGACGUCACUACACUCCAACGAAAAGCAGUUCCAGUGCGAAUAUUGCGGUAAAGACUUUGCCCGGAAAUACUCUCUUAUUGUCCAUCGGAGGAUUCACACCGGUGAGAAGAACUACAAGUGCGAGUUUUGUGGUAAAACGUUUAGGGCGUCGUCGUAUUUGCAAAACCACAGGAGGAUUCAUACAGGAGAGAAGCCACACGAGUGUGGGAUUUGUGGAAAGCCGUUUAGGGUACGGUCCGACAUGAAACGUCACCAGAAAACCCACUCGAAACGCUCGAUUUUGGGAAAACCUAUGAGAUAUAACGCAUCGCAAAAUAACGAUAAAGUUAUAAAAUCGGAAACUGGGAGCAAUUUAUCGGAUGAUGUUUACGAGUUGAAUGUGAAUGUGGAAGAAGCGGAAAAUGCCCCUGCGGGACAGAUUUUAAGUUACGAUCAUGACCAGUUGGAAACCGUUAGAGACGGUGGCACCUUGUAUCAAGGACAUCAAUUACUUUUAGUUAGUUAUUCCACGGAUGUACCCAUUAGGAGUGUGGAUUCGUCCUCCACUUGGAUCCAAACCGGUUCUUGAUCUCGUUAAUGUCUAAAUUUUAUUAUUAUUAUUUUUCUUUCAUAAACUAAGUUAAUACGAAAUAUUUUAAUAAAUAAAUUAUAUAAUUUUGAAUUUAA